GACCGAUCACCACAACCAGGAGAGAUCCUUGUCUAUUCAACCCUGGAAGUCCAAGUUGCUGUGCAAGGAACCCCAACCAUCGCCAGUGUACCACUACCACCACAACCACUACACCACUACAGGCCUGAUCCUUGUGCCGUGAAUCCUAGAUCAACGCAGUGCUGUAACAUACGUCCAAAUUCUCCUCUGUGCACUACAACAACACGUCCCACUACAACCACGCCUCGUCCCACAACCUCACGCCGUAUCAUAACUACGACCCCAAGACCAGAUCCCUGUGCCUUGAAUCCAAGGUCUCCCCAGUGCUGUGCCCAACGUCCUAACUCCAUCUUCUGCACAACCACAACACAGCGUCCUACAACAACAACCACACCACGACCUGAUCCAUGUGACGUCAACCCAAGGUCACCCCAGUGCUGUGCCCGACGUCCUAACUCCAUCUUCUGCACAACUACGACACAGCGUCCUACAACAACAACCACACCACGACCUGAUCCAUGUGAUGUCAACCCAAGGUCACCCCAGUGCUGUGCCCGACGUCCUAACUCCAUCUUCUGCACAACUACAACGCAGCGUCCUACAACAACAACCACACACGACCUGAUCCAUGUGACGUUAACCAAGGUCACAGUGCUGUGCCCGACGAGUCCAAGUACCACAACGCCUCGUCCUGAUCCUUGUGAUAUUAACCCUAGAUCUCCGCAGUGCUGUGCUAGACGUCCCAACUCUGUGUUUUGCACGACCACCACCACACCGCGACCAGAUCCCUGUGAUUUGAACCCUAGUCUACCACAGUGCUGCGCCAGAAACCCCAAUCUACCUCAGUGUACUACCACUACAACUACCACAACCACUAGACGCCCUACAACACCGUUUGAUCCUUGUGCAUUUAAUCCUGGGUCACCCCAGUGUUGUGCAAGGAAUCCCAACGCCCCUCAGUGUACAACAACCACUACUAGACGCCCUACCACUACAACUAGGCGCCCCACCACUAGACGUUCGAUAACCACUACCACAACUAGACGUCCAAUCACCACUACUAGGCGGUCCUUUACAACUACUAGACCCCCUACCACCACACAAGAUCCUUGUGUCAGUAAUCCAGGUUCUCGACAAUGUUGUGCAAGAAACCCCAACCACCCACGAUGCGUAACAAAGGCUCCAUGUUCUGGCCCCCGUGACCCUCGCCCAGAGUGCCGGCCCACAACACAGGUUCCCAGCACGACGCCCAAUCUGGAAAACCAUGCCUUCCACGCUUGGCAGAACCGGCCCUCUGGCACUCGCCGUCGCCGUCCUCCGUAUGGCACUCGCCUCACCCCAGGCGUCCUCGCAGAGCUGUCAAACCAACCCAGAAGACGUACGAUGUGGCUCUCCCACCUCUCCUCCACCACCCCAUCGCCCAGGAAUUCGCCGAGGCUUCGGGUAGUUGGCGCGAACGGACCUCACGUUCCAGCGGUUUCCUCACCGAACAAGUCAGCAAGCAACGUCGAUAGUAUAUGCAUGCCGACCGCCACCUUCACUGUUAGCCUGUUGAUGCUGUCCCUGCUGCUGAUUACAUCCGUUCUCGUGUGCCACAUUCACGUGCUUGCGACUCCGGACAAUGGCUCCUCUAAAAGCAGUAGAAGCUAA